AUGUUCCUCAACAGGGCAUAUAGAUGUAUUUCGUGCAAAAGCAAACCGAAUAUAAAAGUGAAAGAUAACGCGUACUGCAAUACUUGCUUUACUACUACCUUUCUCAGAAAGCUUAAACAGAAUUAUCGCUGCGUUCUGAACAAGCCUGCAUUAAUAAUCCAUACUGGAACGAUGAAGAGCAGUGUCCUUGUUUACGCGCUAACCAAAGCGUUAUAUCCGUAUGCGCUCAAGAGCAUUCGCGUGUACAGCCGUAAUGGUAGCUUGGUAGGGUAUGGCAAGUUGGAGCAUUUCAAUCAUGAUAUAAAAACGUACCAGGAAUACUUGGAGUGCUGCCAUAACAUAAGUAUGUCAGCUGAUGAAAAAGUGGUGCUUGAGGAGAAGAGCAUGGAUGAUAUAGCAUGUGAUAUUCUGUACGAUAUAUUGUAUGCCAAUACACAUUCGCUUGUAGAGAAAGGUGGACUAGCAGUAUACAAGGAUGAUUUGAUGUUCGUAAGACCAUUUGCUUCGAUCUCGGACAAGGAAAUAGCAUAUUUCUACUUCCUCUAUAGAAGUGAGAUUGAGGUGGAGAACGUUUACGUGGUAGAAGAGUUGAAAGCGAAAAUAAGGAUGUUUCUCUGCAAAAUAAGUGAAGCGAACUACAGCACGGUUUACAAUAUCAUAGAAAUGAUACGAAAGUAUGAUGCAGAAAGUAAACCAAUCAAUAAAGAAGGAUGAAUUUUUCUUUACUGUUUGAUCGCGUGGUUAAGGCGUACUAUUGUUUAACAAAAAGAAAAAAAUGAGAUCAUAUAGUGUAGUAAAAAUGCUAUUUUACAAGCAAACAAAAUUAAAUUUUAUGUUAAUUACGAA